UGGUUUUGGGACAGGCAGGCCGGAAGGAAGCGUAAAGGGAAUGGCGGUGGUUGGUGACAGCAACAGGCCUCCUUCCUCCUCGCGUCGCGUCGCCUCCGCCUAUACCUGUCGCUCCCCCUGCCUCACUCUUCCUUGCACUAGUUGCGGCAGGCGGCAGGCAACGCCGUGGUGAUCUGAGAGGAUGGAUUCCAGGAUCUCCGUCCUCUGCUCCCUCGUCCUCGCCUCCUCCCUCCUGCACUGCGCCAGAUCCGACGGUAAUGACGCUCAGCUUCUCAAGGGCAUCAACAGCUACAGGUCCUCCCUCAAGGUCCCGGCGCUGACGGAGAACACGAACGCGGCGUGCCUCGCCGAGCAGCUCGCGAAGCAGUUCAAGGGGCAGCAGUGCACCAACACCACGGGCGCCAACACCGUCAUCGGCACCGAGCAGCAGUUCCCGGACUACCCCAAGUACCUGGACCACUGCCACCUCAAUGCGUCGGUGACCGAGGACGGCCAGGUGAUGCCGGCGUGUGUGCCGGGGCUCGUCCCCGCCGUCGUCCUCACCAACUACACCAAGUCGCAGUACAACAGGUUCUUGAACGACACCCAGUUCUCCGGUGUCGGGAUCGCCAAUGAGGGCGACUGGGUGGUGGUUGUCCUCAGCACCAGCACGGGCUCCGGUGACUACUCGCCGGCUCCGCCGGGCUCCAAUUGGGCGGCUUCGGCUCUGCCGUUCACCCAACUGGUUCUUUUGCUGAUAGGAUUUGUGAUCUUGCUCAUCAAGUGAGAGUUUGGUAUGCAUACAUCACAGAGUGGAGCUUACAUUUGUGUGGCUUAUGUUAUAACAUUCGGGGUUACAACUUAACUUGGCAGGUCUCAUUGGCAUUGUUAAGCAUUUUUCACUUGAAAAGAUCGGUUACGAAACAAGUUUCACA